AUGCAGCCGCGCAUCGGGCCAGCGCUGCCCCAGCCGGCGGUGGACGACGAGCCCCUCGCCGGUCCUGCUGCGCCCGUCAACCCGCGCGAGUACGGCAAGGCACUGCUCCCUGGCGAGGGCUCUGCCAUGGCUGCGUAUGCCGCCGAAGGCAAGCGCAUCCCGCGCCGCGGUGAGAUUGGCCUCGACUCGGAGCAGAUUGAGAAGUUCGAGAAGAGCGGAUACGUCAUGAGCGGCUCGCGCCACCGUCGCAUGAACGCCGUGCGUGUCAGAAAGGAGAACCAGGUGAUCAGCGCGGAGGAGCACCGCGGCAUCCUCAAGCUGCAAGCCGAGGCCAAGGCGAAGAAGGAGAAGGCAAUCGUCGAGCAGUUCCGCGAGAUGGUCGACCAGAUGGGCGGUGGCUCAGGCUCGCACUGA